AUGCUUAAAGAGAAUGACAUUAUAUCAAAAGUUCUACUUACAAUUGAUAAAGUAAAAGGAAGUCUUACAACCUUUAAAACGUCAGUAACAGAAGGGGAUUAUACAUCUUUAAAUUGUCCAAAUUCAUUCACAAGAACAUUAAUCUGGAAAGCAUGUCUAAUCACUGACAGUUUAAAGAUUCAAACUUGGGAUUCUCGAUUAAGUGAUUCUCGAGUAGUUUAUCAUCAAUUAGUAAAACGAGAUGACAUGAAAUUGCCUUGGUGGGACUUGGACAAAGAUCAUAUGUUUUAUGAAACGGAGGAAAUUACACGGAAGACAAGUAUCAAGAGGACAAGAUCCUUACGUAAUCCAAAACCAGUUAAGAAAUCAGCUUUAAUUAGAGUUACUAAUAUAGAAGAUGAUCCAUUAUCCUCUAGAUCCCCCAGUCAUUCCCCUAAUACUAAAUAUAUACACACAGACGAUGAUUUAGAACUUUUCCAAGCAAUUAUUUUGGAUAUUGAUAGACUAUUUCCUGGUGAAGAAUUCUUCCAUAGUAACAAUCCUAAAUCAAUAAUGUUAAAGAGACAAAUGGUAGAGAUUUUAUACGUUUGGUCUAAAUGUAACCCUCAAGUAGGCUAUAAACAAGGUAUACAUGAAAUUUUGGGUCUUAUUUUUAUGGCAUUAUACAAGGAAUCGGUUGAAAUACCGCUAACAAAUACAUUCUCAAGUGAUGAUUUACGAAUUUUAAGUUUAUAUGACAUUAAUUAUCUUCUGCAUGAUUUGUUUACUAUAUUGAACAAGUUUCUCGUUCAAAGUGGUGUUAUAUCUCAGUUUUAUGAAAAUGAAUCAGUUCUUUGGAAAUCAAUAGAGGCCUUCAAUGUGAAGUUGAUGAAAGUGGAUCAGUUUAUAAAUUACAAUUUGGGAACAAAAUUAAAGAUUGAGUCUCAGCUUUGGAUCAUAAGAUAUCUACGUUUGAUGUUAUUGCGAGAGUUGGGUAAUGACUUGGAAACCACCAGUUUGUUUUGGGAUAAACUUAUUGCAUCUCAACUAACAAAUCAUUCAGGAAAUUGUAUCACAGCAAUCCCAGAUUUAAUUUGUUUUCUGAUUAUACAGAUGUUGAUUCAAAUAAAGACAGAUUUAAUUUCUUGUGAUUUCAGUGAAAGCUUGUCAUUAUUAUUGCAUUAUCCAAUUGCAUCAAAAUUCCUGUCUCCGACACAUCGGAAUGCCUUUGUCACGACAUUAUAUAAGGAAGCGGUAAAGCUAUAUGAAUUAAGAGACAAAGAUUUGAAAUUGUAUGAAUAUGGGAUUAAAUUAAACAACAAGUACAAUCCGAACUUAAAGAUAUCAAUGAGUUAUACAGGCAGUGCAAGAAGUAGUGCUGACUCUAACAAUUCAUCUCGGAGACCCAGUCUUUCGCGUGGCUCCUCGGAAGCAAACUCAAUUGAUUCUAGGGCUGAAAAGAUGAAAUUUGAGAAAUUGAGAUUGGAGAUGAGAUUAAAGAAGAAAGCUCAACAGAUAAUAAAUCAAUAA